GGGACAAAGGGCGGUAGUAGACAAACUCCGGAAAAAAAAGAUGCUCUCGUAGAAAACCCAACGAACUGCUGAUCAUCGUCGUCGUCAUAUCCCCUUUUCCAACCACUUUCAGCAUUUUUAAUGAGCCAUCCCCUUCUUUUUUCUGCGUUUCUUGCCUGACAGACUCUCCAACAACAAUAUCCGCCAAACUCGAACACUAAGGUUCACGGUUCAGCAACUAGUUAAGCCACCCUGGGUUGCACUCUGCAGAAAGACCCAUCUGCUACGCACUGUCGGCGCUUGGCGUCUGCGAUCAAAACCCACCAACUAAACAGAGCUCCGCACAUACAAAAUCCUCCUGUCAGCCAAAAUGACUGCUCACGAAGCAGAGUCCAACACCGCUGGUACACCACCCACCGAGCUUGAUGAGAGGGCGAAUACAGAUCUCGAAAAGGAGGCACCGGGUCGCUCCUCUUCUGAGAGCAGCCCUGGGCCACGCCCAACAACAUCGCAGCGGGAGCCGCCGAAUGGAGGUGUACGUGCUUGGUUGGUCGUCGUGGGAGCAACUGCCUCGCAGAUCUGUACCUUCGGUUACAUUCAGUCGUUUGGUAUCUACGAACAAUAUUACCAAGCCAAUCAGCUGAAGCACGAAACUCCCAGCAACAUCUCUUGGAUUGGUUCGCUGCAACUAUGUCUGCUCUUCCUCUUGGGUAUGGUUAGUGGGCCAUUAUUUGACCGCUAUGGCGCACGGGUUGUACUCAUUCCGUCGUCUAUUAUCAUGGUCUUCUCGGCCAUGAUGACUAGUCUUUGCAAGGAAUACUACCAGUUCAUUUUGGCCCAGGGAAUUCUCAGCGGAUUUGCCUCUGGCAUGAUCUUCACCCCUGUCGUUUCGGCAGUGGGCCAGUAUUUCACCACGCGACGUGCGCUCGCCAUGGGUACUGUCGUGAGCGGUUCCUCUCUCGGGGGUGUCAUCUUUCCGGCUGCCCUAAACCGUCUCUUCAACAAUUCUACGGUUGGAUUUGGCUGGGCGCAGCGAAUUGUCGGAUUCAUUAUGCUCCCGCUUCUGAUAUUUACUUGCUUGACGGUAAAAGAAUUUUCCCCUCAUAGACAGGGAGCCAUUUUCCUUCCGAAGGCGUUCAAAUCGGGCCCCUAUAUCUUCGCCAACAUUGGCUUCUUCACGACCCUCCUCGGCAUGUACACUCCAAUCUUUUUCCUGGUGACGUACGCUGUGUCACACGGAGCCAGCGUUCCAAUGGCAAUGUACAUGGUUUGCAUCCUUAACGCUGCCUCCUUCAUUGGCCGGACUUCUUCUGGGUACUUUGCGGACAAAUUUGGUCGUUACAAUGCCAUGGUCGUUUCGACCAUCGCCGCUGCCAUUCUCGAGUUCUGCUGGAUUGCGACGCACAACAAUGCUGGUAUCAUUAUGUUCGCAAUAGUCUUUGGUGUUCUUACCGGUGCUGUUGUUUCUUUGUAUUCGCCCUGUAUUGCUGAGGUGACUCCGAACCGUUCAGAUAUUGGAACGUAUCUCGGCAUGGGAAUGGCGUUUUCGAGCUUGGCUGGCCUUACUGGUUCGCCAAUCAAUGGUGCCAUGAUUGAGCAUUACGGGGAUUACUGGCAAGCCGCUGUCUUUAGUGGGAUGAUGACGGUGGCAGGAGCAAUUGCCAAUACCAUCGCAAGAUUUUGGCUGGACAAGCGGGUAUUCGUCAAGGUCUAACUCGCUACCUUUGAUUCAAUCCUCUGAAGCCUUAGAAACACACUGUAUAUUUCCUUGAAAAACAUCGGCGCUUAUUCAACUUGAUGGGCUUUACUUGCUGGAAUGCAUUAAUAUCCGACCCAUAGUUAAUAAUUGUUUUUAGACAUCCAUAUACUUUUUCUCCAUAUUUGUGAACAAAUGACCAUGGAAUGUGCGUCGGAAUAAAGUCAAUCGGCACGACGGAUCAGAUAGUUGAAGCUAUGAGCGACAGCAACUAUUUCACUCUCCGUGUCUCCGUUUGAGAGUUGACCGAAAUGGAAAAAAAUCUCUCAAGAUCCCUGCUUUCGCUUGCACGACUUCAUUUCGGAGCCCACUUCGGAGUUUGCGG